AUGAAGAUAGAUGCCUUGAGAGAUCGUGCUGCGCCUUUCUUGCUCGCGACUUUCCAGAAAAACACACAGAGAUCUUUCAAGAUGGUUCGCAUGUCAGUACUAGCCGAUUGCCUUAAAACAAUCUCCAACGCAGAAAAGCGUGGACGCAGACAAGUGUUGAUUCGCCCAGCGUCUAAGGUUGUCAUCAAGUUCCUUCGAUGCAUGCAACAGCAUGGAUACAUUGGAGAAUUUGAAAUUAUUGAUGACCACAGAUCCUCAAAGAUUGUCAUUGAGUUGAACGGACGUCUGAAUAAGUGCGGAGUUAUCUCCCCUCGCUUCGAUGUUGAAUAUGGUGAAAUUGAAAAGUGGAUUGUCAACCUUCUUCCAAGUCGUCAAUUCGGACAUGUUAUCCUAUCGACUACAUAUGGUAUCAUGACUCACGAAGAGGCACGCCGCAAAAAGACUGGAGGAAAGAUCCUAGGCUUCUUCUAUUAA